AUGGCCGAUACAACAGCAGAGCCUAUACUCUUUGUAAAAUCUCAAAGUAGUCUUGAACCUAUUUCAAAAGCACAUGUGUUGGAGUCCAACAUGUCCAACUUGGCUUUGCCACAUGGUUUACCUGUACAAACCGCUAGUGAUGCAGAUGCUCAAGCCAGCAUUGUAUUGCAAAGUCCAAAGGUGGCAUUCGAAAACAUAUCUUGUACAAACCAACUGGACCAAAACAAUAGCCAGCCCGAGUUUUUUGAUUCCAAUCAAAAGUGCUUGAUACCUACUGUAGCCAUCAAACUAUUGCCAACUACAGCAUCUAGUAUACAUGAACGAUGCCCAACUGCCGUGUCAGAGUCUGGACGCGAUUCGCAGACAGGCUGUAUGGAUAAAGUUGUAGGUAGCAGUGUAGGCGUAUUACUGCCAUCCUUCAAAAACACUGUUCAAUCUUCAAAUGCAUCUUUAGCCAUACCGCUGUCGACUAAAAGCAACCUCUCCUAUGCAUCCCUGUCAUCAACAGAUAACAUAUCGCCACGAACAAGCCCGUCAAAAUCCGUUUAUUUAGAAGGGUGCCAAACCAGUCCUCUGAUAGAAGCAACCCUAUCAAAAACAGAAAAAAUCAUGAACCAAGAAACGACUUUUUCAGCAGCAUUAUCUAAAGCGGCAUUUUUAGACAAGGUUAUUUAUGCAAUGGAUGAUGGCAUUGAUGAACAAUCUGCAUUCAUUCGUGCUGCAAAGGCAACUCCUUUAGUUUCGUUGUCUACACAUGUAGAUACAAAAAACCUCAAAACAGGCUUACAAAACAUGAGUGCACAUAUUUUGGAUGGACAAGACAAUGAAACAGGUCCAAAACGGUUAGAUUUGAAUCAUGUACCAUUUAAUUUCAAGCAACGAAAACAGCCAUUAGCACAAGAAUUGAACGGGCAAUCCAUACAUCCACUUGAAAAUGAGAGGUCUACAAUUCCUACACAUAUACACGAUUCUGUUCAUGCCAAGGAUCAGGCUAUGGAUAAAUUAAAAGAUCUCAUUGAUAAAAUGAAUGAACUUAGUGCAAACAUGCAGCUUCCCUUACCCACAGAUUUUGGAGAAGAGCCCAUCAAUUUCAGAUCCAUUAAAAAGACUCACCAAAAGAUACAGCUUCUAAUCAACGACUACGAUGUCAUAUCAGACAGCGUUAACCGAGAUCAGCAACAGGUUUUAAAAAAUGCGUAUCAGCAAAAUACAGUUUUGUUGGUAGAAAAGGCUCAAUCUGAACUUAGAUCUGAAUAUGAAAAGAAAAUCAAACACGAUCAGUGCAAUUCAAAAAUUAUGCAACUUUCAAAGGAAUGUGCAUUGGUCAAGGCAGAAAACACCAAACUCGCUCAAACAUGCAAUAUGCAAUCAAACGAAUUGAAAGAUCUGCGUGUAUUCAAGUCUAGCAUACAAACAGAGCAAGAACUUAUGCUUAAAGAACUUGCUACGCGUCGUAUGAAUCAAAAACUAUUGCUGCGUCAGCUUAAAGCUGCAUUGAAGAGAGUAUCAGAACUGGAAAUUCAAAUUCAAUCUAAAGUCAAAACCCAAGAUGAUGGUCUUUUGCAAACCAAUCAGAGAGUGGUAAACGAGUCGGAUAGAAAACCUAGAGCAUUUAGUGCCAGUUCGCGUGUAUCUAAACCAGGCACAGAUAUGUUUUCAGGGUGGGAUGAACAGUCUACUAUUGAAAGUCGUCCAAUAUCAGGCCAAUCAUACCAUACGAAAACAAAUGAAAAGUAUGUACCCAAUAUAGUGUGCGUGGCUCUGCCUGAUCAUCACACCAGUGAAUAUGAAUGGACCAAUGCAACCCAUAAUGAGCACGAAUGCAUGUCACAAGAUCAGCUCGGCAAACAAAGUAUUACUUUUCAGAAUUUUCUUACUCUAAAUGAAUCAACAGACACUGACGAUAAUGGUAUCGAUAUCAAUGAUCAAGCCAUGCAAAGCUGGUGGCAAACGCUUAAUUCUCAAAAGCCUCAAUGGAACAAAUCCACCACCACACAACUACUGUCACAAAAAUGUCCACCAAGCGUAAUUUAUACAGCAAACAAAGAAGAAUCAGAACCUGCAAUUUCUAUUGCUUACGAGUCGGACACAGAUCAGGUAUCUAGUCAUAACGGAAAAGUCAGUCGUGAUGCAAUGCUACAUCGUAUUCAUGCUCCCUGUCGAAAGCAACGUCGCCAGUUGCAGGAAGCCAUAUUCAUUGAACGAGAAAAGCAGAGAAAAUCGGCAAGCACUCUGAUAUCUAGAAGCAACGCUAUUAAACAGAUCAUUGAUAUAAUGAAAGACUGUAUUGACUCGCAUAGUUUCAAAGCUUCCGAAGAUGCGCAACUUGACAAGAAAAAUGGUGUAGAAGCACCUCAUGUCGACCAAUCAGUAUUUUUGGAAGUGCUAAAGGGACUUCAAAAAUUGUAUACCUAUAUGGACACUGCCAUCAAGUCUCACGAGACGGAUGCAAAUGAUGAUACCAAGUCUGCUUUUCGCGAUAAAAAUGUAGACCACAUUCUGACAAGCGUAAUUUAUCGUGAACGCAUAGCACGAACCAAUGCUACGAAUAUUAUAAGAACACACGAUCCAGGAGUGAGUGAUCGUGAGGCAGCAAUACAUCCUGAAAAUAUUGUUCGCCAUGUGGUAUAUAAUGCAGAAUAUGUACCGCCAGACAGUUUUGAUCAAUACAAAUCCAAAUCACACACAUGCACAAACCACUUGCAAUGCAGUGAUGAACAUGAACAUACUUGUACAAGUAUCACCCAAAAACAGUUGAGUGAAAUGAUUUCAAUAGUGUUUUAUAUUGACUGCAUCAACACACCUAACUUGAUACAUUUGGAUACGUACAUGCCAAUGUAG